AUGGCUAUUGCUCAGGGUGUUCAGUAUGAUCCACAGGGUGAUAGAUUUUUAGGUGAUGUAACACUGCCAGAACAUGAGGGAUAUGCAAGUCAAGCAUUAAUCUUUGUACUUGGUGGUAUCACUAGUCGAUGGAAACAAACUGUUGCAUAUUUUUUCAGUGGAAAUUCAUGCAAAGGAGUUGUAUUGCAUGAUAUUAUCCUUAGCAUUAUCAAAGAAGCAGAAGACAUAGGUCUGAAAAUUAUAUGCAUUACAUGCGACAUGGCUAGUGCAAAUAGAGCAAUGUGGAAGGCCUUUGGGAUCAAUGUGGGCAAAUAUGCAGAGACUAUUAAUAAGAUUGUUCAUCCUUACGAUUCAUCUAGAUCUAUCUACUUCAUAGCAGAUCUGCCACAUAUUUUGAAAAAUUUCCGCACUGCCCUGUUAAAUAAUAACUUUUUGUCAUUUUNGGAGGAGACGCUGUUGAAGGUGAGUGUACAAUCUGGUUUCAAAACGGUUUUCUAUUAG